ACUGAAUAUACUAGAUUGGCGUAAGAUCAAAAAAAUGCUCGAAUUAAUUACGCUACUGUUAUGCGCAGUCUAUUGAUUAAAGUCUCCUUUUGGAAGCUUACUGUAAGCUUACACCUUCUAAGUUUUCGAUCUCUGUCUAAAUAUUUUCACCAAUUUUCAACCGUUUGUUUAUCUUCAUUAUCUCCCGAUUUCCAAGGUUUUGUUAUUUAUUUUUUAUUUUGUUCACCUUUUCAUUUUAAGAGUCUCUGUGUAUAGAGUCAUCAAAAGGUGUAUUGCUUAAAAAUCGAUGCUCCUUUCAACCUCGUAUUGAAUUCCCUAUCAUAUGACUUACAAAGACAUGAUGAAUCAAUCAUGAUAGACGUUAAAGUACAACCUUUUAUUUAUAAUAAUUUAAAACUUGACUCUUCAUUUCCAACUGAACUUGCUCAAUUUUUUUAAAAAUUUUGUGAAAAGCAACGACAAUGUCUUGUGAUGUUAAGUUAUCAGCCAAUAAUUCAAUCUCUAUGGAUGAAGAUUAUCCUCCAGGAACCUCCUUUUGUCUUAAAGAGGAUAAAUCAACUGAUGGUGAAAUGUCAACCUUAACUGGAAAUAGUAAUAUCGACAGUCGUAGGCGGAUCAAGGAACAAUUUCGCCGUCAAAAAGAAGCCUUGGUUCGCUUAAUUGAAAGGCAAAGACACCAGUUAGAAGAAGGAGGUAAACAUCUGAUCUGGAAAAGAAAGAGUGAACAAAGUUUGAUUCAUGAUGUGGUCAUUAUAUUUCCACCCAAAGGAUAUGUAAUCAUGGAUUCAUUACAAAAUUUAAUCAACAAAUUGGUACCUCAAUUAUUAGUUGAGAAAAAAGCUCUGGCCAACAAGAAUGAACAAGCUUUUUAUAUUUCUGCUGAACACGAAUGGCUCCAAGAAACUGCAACCAUAUUGGGUUAUCUUCCAGAGUCAAAUGUAAAUCAGGGUUCAUCAUCAUCGCCAUCCAAAUCUACGAAAUCCUUUUCUUCUAACCUUUCAGCUGCAACUCGACAAAACAUCAUUCGCUAUUAUCUAAAUACAUUGAGAUGGUUUAAGGAGAGUUCAUCAUUUGACGAGAGCAUGGUUAGUCAGAUGAAACUGAUUGACGGAGAAGCCAUUAUUCCUAAAUUAUUACAAUUGAAAUACAUCAAACAAAUACUGCCUCUGCAUGAUGAGGAGGCUUUAUCGCAACUCCGUAAUUCUUGGGCCUCUGAUUUUCUUGCACCUCAACCUUUAAAGAAAAUUUACUCUUAUUUUGGAAUCAAAAUUGCUUUGUAUUUUGCCUUUCUUGGCCAUUACACUUACUCUUUGAUUGUUCCUGGGGUUACUGGUCUGUUAAUUAGUCUCUCUUGCGGAGAUCAAUUUAUUAAUGACGUUUGUUUAACCCUAUUUCCAAUUUUACUCACCAUUUGGUCAUCUAUUUAUCUGGAAUCUUGGAAAAAUUAUUGCUCCUCAUUAACCUCUCAAUGGUCAUCAAAUUCAUGCAAUCUUCAACUGAUCGAUGUACGUCCACAGUUCCAUGGUAUAGUAACUCGGAAAGGUUCCCAUGGAAUUGCUGAAAUUUUUUAUCCUCCUUGGAAAAGAAAAUUGUUUUUCUAUUUCAUCACAAUACCUGUUAUGGGUCUAAGUCUUUUAAUUGUUUUCCUUUCAAUGUUUCAUAUGCUACAUUUCCAGACUUGGUGGGAUGAUGUGGCCAUUGGGGAACAAUUUUAUCCAAGAUGGACUUCAUAUUUUCCUAAAGUACUUUUCGGACUUGUUAUCCAUAUUCUGGAUGUUGUCUACGAGAAAAUUGCUCUUUGGUUGAACAAAAAAGAAAAUUAUCAAUACCAAGAGACAUAUGAAAGCAAUUUGAUGAUCAAACUUGUUUUGUUCCAAUUCGUGAAUUCAUUUCUAUCCUUAUUCUACAUCGCAUUCUACAUUGGUGAUAUGAAUAAAUUACGAGAGCAAAUGAUUGCUCUUCUUAUUACUCGGCAAGUAAUUGGUAACAUCAAAGAGUCUCUUUGGCCUUUUGUCACUCAGUCCUACAAAUUAUCUCCAACAUUGUCUGCAUCUGAUGUCUCACAAGCUGAACUUGAAUCAAGUCUUUACUCAUAUGAAUCAACAUUCGAAGAUUAUCUUGAGCUGUACAUACAAUUUGGUUAUGUUGCUCUUUUUUCUGUCACAUUCCCUUUGGCUGCAUUUUGUGCUCUAAUCAACAAUUUAAUUGAAAUACGAAGUGAUGCAUUCAAAUUAUGUGUAACUUAUCAGCGACCUUUCAGUAUCCAAGGAAAUCGUAAUUUGUUGAUAUGGGAAAAAGCAAUGAACAUAAUGAUUUAUGUCUCAAUUGUUGUUAAUUGCUCUCUUCUAGUCAAAUCUGGUCAACUUGAAAGACUUCUGCCAAUGUUAAAUCAAUCACAAAUAAUCAUUACUGGUGUCAUCCUUGAGCAUCUUCUCAUUAUAAUCAAAUUGGCAAUCGAAAAGUUUGAUUGCAACUCUGUUAUAAACUAUUUUGUGUAUAAUUAUUCACAAUUGGUUGGAACAACGACUUCAGUUAAGCUUGCCCAAGCAAAGGAAAAGAAAACUGAUUAAUUUGUUAAAUUCGGAAAAAUACUCAUGAUAAUUAAUACUCCAUCCAUUUUCUUCAUGUUUAAUUUUGUUAUUAAAUCAAACUGUUUGCUAAUAUGAAAUGAAUUGAUACAUUCUAAUGAGUGAAUUGCGAUUUAUGAUUGAUAAAAACACACCUUUCAAUGUUUUCAAA